UACCGGUCAAUCAAAAAAUUCGUAUUUUCAAAUUCUUCGGCAUGGAGUUUCCCAUCUAUGUUACAUACGUGAAAGUGGCCGUGACAGGAGACUAGGUUAGGUUAGAUUAGGUUAGAUUGGGAUUAUGUCGUGCAAUGUUAUGUUAUCGCGCGGAUGAAGGGUGCUCCAUCGAAUCACGCGAAAUAAGAUGAUAAGAAAUUGGAAAAAUGCGCGAUCAGUGAUACGAGCUGGAUGCACAGACGACGUCCUGAGCGGCGUGGUGGAUUUUUUCGCGGAGCGCAUGUUGCCUUAAUAAGAGCAACCGGAGCAUACCGAACGACCUGUCGAGAGAACGACGUAGCACGAAACGCUUGGAAUGGAUUAUGCAACGAUCGUCGACGAGGCGGUCAAGCAAUUUUAUUCGGCGGCCAACAAUGAGGCUCAUUCGUGGCUCCUGCAGGUGCAAGCCUCCCCCGAGGCCUGGCACUUUGUGUGGCAACUUUUGGAUCCCUCUAAGUCAUUUGAAGUGCAAUUUUUUGCGGCGACAACUUUACAUGCAAAGAUAUCCAAACAGUGGGACGAAGUGCCUCAAAUUGAAUAUCCAGUGUUAAGGGAACGUUUGCUCAAUAGUGUGAAAAGAAUCAACACUCCUACAUUUAUUCUUACAAAGCUUUGUCAAGCGUUAGCUGCAUUUGUAGUCAACAUUUACAGUGCAGAAAACAGAGAAAAAAAUAAUAGCAGUAUAGUCGAUGAACUACUCAGCGUUGUACCCUAUAAUUCUCCAUCUUCGUUAGAAUUGCUACUUCGAGUACUUUUAAUACUUCCUGCAGAGUAUAAAAAGAAACAUGAAUCAAAGAGUGCCAAAUUGCGAGAAGCCACUGUCCACUUAAUCAAUAGCUGGUGCCAAACCGUGUGGCUUCUACAACAGGUUUUUUCAAUGUAUAGUCCAAACUCUGAAGGUAAUGACAGUACAUUGUAUUCUCUGGGAUUGGAAUGCGCUCAAUCAUGGCUCAAGAUUGAGCAGCUAUGUUUAGAAACCACUGGCCAGCUCUAUCCCUAUUUAUUAGUGGCUGCAGCCCACUAUGCACCUAAUAGAGAAGGUGACGAUGAUGAGAAUGCCAGGAACUGGGAAAUAGUACAAGAUUGUUUAACUACGAUUGUGACACGUUGCGAGCUUCACAAACGGCCUCAGACUUUCUGGGAAUGGGCUAUUGCUUUGGUAUCGAUGGCGAGACAGCAUAAUGGAAAAUAUUUUUGCGAGAUAUUAACUGCUAUCGGGGAGACUCACAGUAGAGCAUUCCUUAUUGCUCUUGCUGAAAAUUCCAACGAAACACACGUGUGGACUGCCAUGCAUUUAAUCGAAUUACUAUUGGACUGCUCAGAGCAGAAAGGUCGUUAUCCUACGGAAGAGACACGUAGUUGUAUACCGUUUGGAUUUUGGUACGCGUUGCAAGAUGAUCUCUCCACAUUGGAUCAGCCAUUGGAGACUCGAGCUUUAGAAGCGAUAAAACCUAUUUAUUUUCGAUUGGCCCAGGCAUUGUUGCGAAAAUCGACAUUGCCUGCAUCCUCGAGCGAGGGAGGGAAUGCGGAAGAACGCGAGCUCUUCAGAUGUUACAGGCAGGAUGUGGUGGACACGUUGGAUUAUUGUUACAAAGUUCUCGGUACCGAUCUACUGGCGCUUCUCGGACAAAAAAUGAGUCGUGAAGACUUAGCGUGGAUCGACAUAGAAUCCACGUUACACGCUUUCAAAGCACUAUCCGAAAGUAUUGGCACUGAAGAGUAUUGUUACAUUCCCGCACUAAUAAAUUUGAUUCUUGUUCGUAUACCUUAUCAUCUUUAUCCUGAGGAGGUAUUAACAUGUGCUUGUUCGACGCUGGGCGCGUAUGCCGAAUGGAUAGGAGAACAUCCCGAGCCUUGGCUGGAAAAAGUAUUGCACCUCGUUAUUCAAGGACUAAACAGAGGCUCUAUGACAUCACAGUUUGCAAGUAUGGCUCUAAAGGAUCUGAUCCGGGAAUGCGAGACUCAUCUUCUCCCUUACGCGCCGUCCGUCCUUCACACCAUUGGUCAGACAUUACCAAACGUAGAGCCCGGUGGCAGGGAAGGUCUGCGACUCAUGUACGCCGCCGGGAAAUUGCUCAACAUAUUGCCCACUAUGGAGGAGCAACUAGUGCAUCUCGAAGCGACGUUAGGACUGUGCGUGAUGAGGCUGAAAGAGCUAUUAGCGCAACCUUUAUAUACGGCGCGAGUCGGCGUGACGAAUUACCUGAAAAUGGCUACCACGUUUUUAACAACUAUUGAAGGCGCGAUCGGUAAGGCUAUGUUGGACGGCGUGCUUCCAGUGUUCAAUCAGAUUAUCGCGCAUCCCGAGUGGAGCCAGGACAACGCUACGUUGGAAGCGAUGCACGAGUGCGCCCAACGAUCUGUAUUGGCAUUGCGACAACCGGAGAUAGAGGCACGACCCUUACUUCCAAUUUUGUCAACUUCGUAUAAGAUCUGGCCGCAUCCGGCUGCAUUGAGUGUACUGAAGCAUCUCGUCCUACUAUUUAGAAGGGACCCAGACAACAUUAUAGGUCCGGUGCUCGCAGAAAUGAGCUUGAUAACGUUGAAUGGCGUGAAAGCUUGCAGAUCGGUACAGGGUGAUCUGUCCGAGUGGUCCGACCUGAUGGAGGCUUACUUAGACGUGCUCACGCAAAUCUGUAAGAAGCAUACCAGAAUAUUGCUGCAGAUUCCAGACCAAAUACCGGAUAUGUUACAGUGCGGGAUCGCGUGUCUAACUCUCCCAGAGACCGCCACAGCCAAAGCGGCCGGCCACUUUCUCAAUCACGCGAUUAUGCAAAGUCCGCAUCUGCAAACGUUUAUUCAACCGAUCGGCCAAGAACUUGUCUCCGCAAUUCUGCAUUGUGUUGGCGGAGCAGUGUCUCAUAAUAAUUUAGAUCCACAUGCUGAAGUUUUAUUAGCAUUGAAUAAGACUUGUCCGGAAUGGACCGCACAGUGGUUACGGACUGGACUGGAGAAUCAAAAGAAUCUUGCUGCCAUAAUGUUGCAGAACGAUAACAUGACACGUAUUUUAGCUGAGAGAAAAAGAGCGGCGCGACUUUGCGAAGCAUUAAAGGAAUUUAGUCUUCAAUGUCGUCAGAAGACAGGACAGUGACAAUAGAACUUUUAAAAUGGACGUUGCACGAAAUAACUGAUCUAAGACAAUUGUUAUGCUCUAAGGUAAAACAAUGUAAUACACAAAAGUUAAUAUAAUUUAUCUCUUUGUAAUAAAUAUUGC